AAGUUUUCAGAAGAGAGAAUUAAAGUUGUAUGUGUUACUCCCGGGAAAGCUUACAUCUCCACCUCCUCGUGUAUAGUCUAUAGUCGUCGUAUAUGUCUUUAUUUGCAUUUCUCUACCUACGUUAAACCGUGAGCCUCUAAAGAAAACAUUUGAGAGCAGAAAGGUGGAGUGUACCUUAACGGGUUUCAGAGUAAAGGUGCGUCGGAGCGACAAUCACGCAGCCCGUACGGUUGAGCAUCGGUUAAUCGAUUGGAUUGACAUCCUCAACUCCAGCGUUUGAUGACUAUAUCUCCAAGAGGUUUCUGUGAUGGAGUGGCGCGAGCAGUCUGCGGUUAGCUGUGAGGAGGCUUAUUUGGAGGCGCAGAGAUGGGUUGAGGCGGUCACUGAGAAACAAUUUGGGAGCCAAGACUUCAGAUCUGCGCUGGAGAACGGUGUUCUACUGUGCGACCUCGUCAAUAAGAUCCACCGCGGCAUCAUCAGGAGGGUCAACCGGCUGUCCACACCCAUCGCUGGCCUGGACAACCUCAACGUCUUCCUGAAAGCCUGCAAGAAGCUGGGAUUAAAGGAAGCACAGCUCUUUCACCCAGGAGACCUGCAAGACCUCUCCAGCAGAGUGACAGUCAAGCCACAAGAAACCAGUAGAAGACUAAAAAAUGUGCUGAUCACCAUUUACUGGCUAGGAAGACAAGCCUUCUAUGAUUCCUUCUAUGAUGGACCUAACUUAAACCUCAAGUCUUUCGAGGGAUUACUGGGAACAGCACUGUCCAAGGCUCUAGAGGAAGGCUCUAGCCCGAGGAGGAGCAGUGUGAGAGACAGCGGUUUUGGCGACAGUUGGUACUCUGACCGAGAGGAGCUGUUCCAGCUGAGAGGAGGAGGAAGAGGAGGCGAAGGAGGAGGAGAAGGAUACAGUAAAGAGGACUCCUCAGACAGCCUAGACUCCCUGGGCUCGCGACCCCACAGCAUCUCGUCUGACGCCACCCUUAAAGGGAGUAGCGAGGGUUGGUGCAGCGACGCUGAGGCCGACCCCGUCUGCGUCACCAUGACGACCAACAAGGACAGCCUCAGCUACCGGCGCUCGCUGGCGACGCAGCCCAAGCCCGUCGCCCAGUUCAACCAGUUCCUGCCCUCUAAGGACAAGCCGUCGGGCUACGUCCCGGCGCCGCUGCGCAAGAAGAGGGCGGAGCGCAACGAGGACAACCGCCGCAGCUGGGCCAGCCCCCUGUACACCGAGGAGGACGGCACCUUCACCAGACUUCCGAGGAGUGACGACGGUAGUGACGGGAGCAAGUCGAUGAGCGACAUUGUGGACCCGGCUGUGGUGAAACAGGUCUACCGGGAAAAGAUUAAGAAGGUCCAGGAGCAGGUGAAGGAGAGCGACGACAAAUGGCAGGAUGACCUGAGCAAGUGGAAGUCCCGGCGUAAGAGCGUCAACUCGGACAUCGUGAAGAAGAAGGAGGAGCGGGAGCAGAUCGAGCAGAACUACGGCGGCGAAAUCGGCAGCGGGAGAACACGCAGGUCGCUGAAGGAUAUGCAAGAGGAGAGAGCGUCUAGAGACAGCAGACGUUCCGUUGGCAGCCGCAUGAGCUCCCUCUCCUACCUGGACGAGGACGAGGACGUCUUCGCCGUGCCCAUCCCGGCGCCGCGUUCCCGCUCCCUCUACGGCCGCAGCAACACGGCCGACGACCUCUACUCCCCGCCGGAGCGCUCCCCGGCCCCCUCCCCGGCCCCCUCCCGCCCCUCCAUCCCGUCCACGGAAGACGAGGAGCCCGCCGCCCGACCCGCGCCCGACCGCCCCGCCUCCCCCCCGCCGCCACAGGAAGCGGCUCCGAGUCGCGCCGUGACCGACGGUGGUACCCGCGCGUCCUCCACCGUCACCACGGUGACCAGCAGCAGCGUAAGCAGCAAUAGCAGCAGCGCGUACGCCGUCAGGAGCGCCGACCUCCCGGCCCGGCCGAGGAGCAUCAGCCCGGCCCAAGAGCCCUCGGUCACAGUCAUGGCCGACGCCGGCAAGACCCCCGCCCCCAACCCCAGCCCCGAACCCCGAUCCCUCGUCUCGAAGGCCCCGGAGCCGUGGCGCCCCAAGGCGGGCGUGCGGACCGCGGAGAAGAAGGAGGCCCCUCAGUACAACCCGACCAUGCCCCCGGGGGUGUCCCGGGUGUCCGCCUCCCUUCCCAGGAGCACCCAGAGAGCAGACAGCACCACCAGGCUCAGCUCGGUCAUCAUGCCCAGGCCCUUCGGGACCCAGGCCAACCGCCUCUCCUCCCUCACCAGGGCCCCCGUGACGGUCGACUCCCACCGCCGCGUCAACGGCGACGCAGACGUCUCCACCAAGUCCUCGGUGCCAGGCCGCUACCAGCAGUACAUGACCUUGGAGGACGAGGCCUCGUCUCAGUCCAGCGGUGAGGAUGAGGAGGAGGAGGAGGGGGAGGACGAAGCGAAUGAAGAGGAGGGGGUCGGAAAAGGCCUCAGCUCCAACAGCAAGAGUGUGUCGCAGGAGCCUCCUCGGGUGAAGAGUGAAACCCCAGCUCUGGGCAGCGAUGCCAGCCAGGAGAACUUCUCUGACAUGAGGAUCAGUCUCAACCAGAAGCCCAACAGCAGCCGAGACUUUGGUUUCCAUGCCGACUGGAGCGCCUCAGGGACCCGCGUCAAGUCCAUCCAGCCAGGCAGCCCGGCGGAGAUGCUGCGGGCUGGGGAUGAGAUUCUGAGCGUGAGCGGCCACAGAGUGGCAGACAUGAGCUAUGCAGAGUGGGGGGCCAGCAUGGAGGACGCUCUGCAGCAGGGCAGUCUGACCAUGGAUGUACGCCGUCGAGGCGGCAACAACUGGGACACAGACCGACCGGCAGCACCCUUUCAGAACCAUAAGACCAUCAAUCUCACCAGUUCGGACCACUCAACGCUUGUAGGUGGGGUCGGCAGCAACACAAGCCCCACCAACACCAGUUUGGAUUUCACCUCACGCAAAUCCCCCGACAGCCUGGGGAUCAACGCGGCGCCCCUCCACUCCGUCAUCAAUGUGGCAACAAACGGACUCAACGGGGGUGUCCAUCAAGAGGCGGUAACCAUGAGAAAUAAAGAGUCAGAACCCAUGUCUUUGAAAAACUUAAAACGGAGGUCAGAGUUUUUUGAACAAGGUAGCUCAGGGUGCAGCAGGGUCAGCCCUCUGGUCUACCUCUGUGGAGGAUCAGAGACGGCGAUAUCGGAUAUCCCCGUGCCCGCCCUCACCCCCUCGGCCAGCCGCUGGUCCUGGGACCCCGAGGAGGAGCGCCGCAGGCAGGAGAAGUGGCAGAAGGAGCAGGAUCGCCUCCUACAGGAGAAAUACAAGCGCGACCAGGAGAAAAUGCAAGAGAUAUGGCGCAAGGACCAGGAGGAGGCUUACGACAGCAGGCAGACACAGAAGACCCAGAGCCUGGAGGUGGACGCCGCUCGCCCCUCCUCCACCACCCACCGCUCCCCGGCCUGGGAGGCCCAGGAGGAGGAAGAGGAGGUGAGGAGAAGGAAGGAGGCGCAGGAAGAGCAGAGGCAGGCAGAGCAGAGACGCUGGCAGGAGGAGGAGGAGGAGCUGGAGCUCAGGCGCUUCAAGGAGGAGCGGGAGAGGAGAGAGCAGCUGCAGCGGCGCCGGGAGGCCGAGGAGAAGGAGAGGAGGGAGGAGGAGGAGGAGAGGAGGGAGGAGGAGAGGAUGAAGAGGACGGAGGAGUUGAAGAAGAGGGCGGAGGAGGAGAGGAAGCGGAGGGCCGAGGAGGAGGAGAGGGUGAGGAGUGCGGCGGAGGAGGAGAGGAAGAGGAGGAUGGAGGAGGACCUGAGGUUACAGAGGAGGAGAGACGAGGAGCGGCAAGAGGAGGAGAGGAGGCGCGCCCUCGAUAAGCAGCAGCAAUGGAAACCCUCUGGCUUCCGUAGUUCCCAGUCGCACACCCUAGCUUACUCCGACAGGGAGAAGUCCAAGUCGACACCUGAGGCUCUGGAUGAUGUGGGAUUCUCCGAGAGGCGAGGUCACUACAGGCCACAGGGGGGCUCGUCCUACUGGGCGCCUGAGGAGCGGUCGGGGCGGGAGCGCUACAGUUACUCUGGCAACCAACGGCUGGAGGCGCGGGAGACGGAGCGGAUCCUGAGCACUUCGAGAUACAGAGAGCCGCAGAGAGCGGCCAGUGGCUUGGUUGCGGCGGACCGGCCCCAGCGGCGCAGCCAGCAGCAGCUCCAGACCCAGGCGGACCUGGAGCGCCAGCAGAUCCUGCAAGACAUGAAGAAGAAGACCCAGCUGCUCACCGACAACAGCUGGAUCCGCCAGCAGUCCACCUCCAUGGCCCCCAGCAAGGAGCCCGUCGACGUGCCCAUGCGCAGAGGAGAAUCCCUGGACAACCUGGACGCGCCCCGCAGCGCCUGGCGGUCGUCAUGGACACCGGGUAGCACCUCCUCCAUUCCCAGCUCCACCCGCCCGCAGUCGGCCAUCUACGGCAGCAGCGGAGCGGGAGGCGUCGUGGGCGGGGGCACGUACUACGGCGGGGGCUACCCCGCGCGCCCCGGCUCGGUCUCCGGCCUGCCCGCCUCCGCCUCCACGGGCUCACUGCGAGGCGGGGCCGCGCCCCCCGCGUCGUCAUGGCGGCAGCAGUCGCCCUCCCUGUCGCCCACCACCUCGCCGGAGCCCACGUCCGAGCCGUUCGGGCGGCAGCAGCGCAGCAGGUCAGUGAGUGGCAAGAAAAUCUGUACGUUCUGUGACAGCCCGCUGGGGAAGGGAGCGGCCAUGAUCAUCGAGUCCCUGGGACUCUGUUAUCAUUUGAACUGCUUUAAGUGCAUGGACUGCAAGUCCGACCUCGGAGGAUCGGAAGCGGGGGCCGAGGUGCGAAUACGCAACAAGCAUCUCUACUGCAACACCUGCUACCAGCGAUUCAAAGCAGGCCAGCCAACCUCCAUGUGAAUCGGCUGCGCUCCACCAGAUUGAUGAAGAGACUACUUUUGACAACAACCCAUGAGCAGGGCAGCGGCAGCAGCUGUGGCGGCCGGACGUGGACACCACUGUCUAUGAAGCGUGUCGUCUGAUGAAACCGUCGACGGGUUCCUCAUGUAGCGGUGUACUCUGAUGUUUAUUCAUUUUCUGCUUGAGCGUGAGAGAGGGGGUGUGGUGUAGAGGAGCCAGGCUUAUGUCCGUAUAUAUCGUGUUAGGUAUUUCAUAUUUGUACAAAAGCAUAAGGGAUUUGCAUGCAGCAGUGAGUUUUUAGCACAGAGACACUGCCCCAGCAUCGUAUAGGUUUUUAAUAAUGCAGAGGUUUUCCGAUUUCCUGAACUUUUACUGACACGGACGAGUCACCGAGUCCGUUGUUAUGGAAUUGCUGGGGGGGGGGGGGGUCUCGCCGAUCUCGUCUCUAGGCGUUCUCCGCACUGAGAUCCUGCUAACACUAGCGCUGACUGUCAUUCCGUGGUAUUCAUUUAUGUCGUUGUGCCUUUCAUUUCGUGUCGGGGGAUUAAUGCUUAAGGAAAUAAUUUGAGAUGUCUAUUUAAAAGAUGUGUUGGAGGCUGCAUUGACGAGCACUUAUCAGGGGUUUGAACCGAGAGAUUAAGAGAUUCAAACGAUUUUUGCAGAAGAAAAAUAUGUUGUGUAUGAUGUUGAAAUGGUUGUGAGGCAAGCUUACUUCGGUAAAAAAAAUUAUGUAAAUAAAUGGCCAA